UCAAAUGUUCCGAGCUCCAGCUCCCCUCUGUGUGACCUUAAGUCAGCAAGACGGCGUCCGCAAAACGCGCCGUGCUCCGCCUGCUCAGUAGCUGUUCCACCAAGAUGUCCGUUCAAGCCAAGAUCGGUCCCAGCAUUCUCAAUGCAGAUUUGUCCAACCUAGCUCAGGAGUCCCAAAAGCUUUUGGACAAUGGAGCCGACUACCUGCACCUGGACGUGAUGGACGGCACCUUCGUGCCCAAUCUCACCUUCGGUCAUCCCAUGGUCAAGAGCUUGCGCAACAAGAUCAAGACGGCAUUUUUCGAGACCCACAUGAUGGUUCAGAAUCCGGAGCAGUGGAUAGAGCCCAUGGCCGAUGCGGGUGUUAAUCUCUAUACGUUCCACAUCGAGCCGGUGAAGCCGGAGGAUAUUAGCAAAGUCAGCCGACUUAUUCAAGAAGCCGGAAUGAAGGUCGGCCUGGCCAUCAAGCCGGGAACUGAGGUAAAAGAUCUGGAGAAGUACGUGAGCAUUGCCGACGUUGUGCUGGUAAUGACCGUGGAGCCCGGUUUCGGUGGACAAUCGUUCAUGGCUGAUAUGAUGCCGAAGGUGGAGUGGCUGCGAGAGAACUACCCUAACCUGGACAUUGAGGUGGACGGAGGAGUAGGACCGAAGACCAUCGCGUGCUGCGCCAAGGCCGGAGCAAACAUGAUCGUCUCUGGAACGGCCGUAGUGGGAGCGUCCGAUCAGAGGCAGGUCAUCAAGGACAUGCGCGAAGUGGUUAAGAGCUACCUCAAGUGAAUAUGCAUUUACCAAUGUUAAAAUCUAUAGCAAUAGGCAGAAUUUAUUAGUUAGGCGCAAAGUGUUGACAAAAUUUAAAAAGCCAAGUAAAGUUCCUGGGGAAAUCAACUAUUAAAAGAAAUUAAAAGAAAUUUACAAUCGAA